AUGGGGAAGUCCGUGGUGGUGGGCGCGGCGGUCGUGGCGUGCGCGGCGGUGGGGGUGGCGGCGGUGCUGGUGCACCGCCGGCGCAAGCGCGACGCCGCGCUCCUGGGGUCCGCGGAGGCGGAGAGGAGGCGGCGCGCGGCCGCGGUGAUCGAGGAGGUGGAGCGCAGCCUCGCCACGCCCACGGCGCUGCUGCGGGGCAUCGCGGACGCCAUGGUCGCCGAGAUGGAGCGCGGCCUGCGCGGGGACAUCCACGCGCAGCUCAAGAUGCUCAUUAGCUACGUCGACAAUCUCCCCACCGGAGAUGAACAUGGGCUGUUUUAUGCACUGGAUCUUGGAGGGACCAACUUCCGUGUGCUGCGAGUCCAACUAGGAGGAAGGGAGAAACGUGUUGUCAAACAACAGUACGAGGAGGUUUCCAUUCCACCGCAUUUGAUGGUCGGGACUUCCAUUGAACUAUUUGAUUUCAUUGCUGCUGCAUUGGCUAAAUUUGUUGAUACUGAAGGUGAAGAUUUCCACCUCCCAGAGGGUAGGCAGAGAGAACUUGGUUUCACGUUUUCCUUCCCAGUGAACCAAACAUCAAUAUCAUCAGGAACACUCAUCAAGUGGACAAAGGGCUUUUCCAUCAAUGGCACGGUUGGUGAAGAUGUUGUUUCUGAGUUGAGCAGGGCCAUGGAGAGGCAGGGACUAGAUAUGAAAGUUACGGCAUUGGUCAAUGAUACAGUUGGCACAUUGGCUGGUGGGAGAUAUAUGGAUAACGAUGUAGUUGCAGCCGUAAUAUUGGGCACUGGUACAAAUGCAGCAUAUGUGGAGCAUGCAAAUGCAAUUCCUAAAUGGACUGGGUUACUGCCUAAAUCUGGAAACAUGGUAAUUAAUACGGAAUGGGGAAGCUUUAAAUCCGGCAAGCUUCCUCUCUCAGAAUACGACAAAGCCAUGGACUUUGAAAGUUUGAACCCUGGAGAGCAGAUAUACGAAAAAAUGAUUUCUGGCAUGUAUCUGGGAGAGAUUGUUCGAAGAAUUUUACUCAAGUUGGCACAUGACGCUUCUCUAUUUGGAGAUGUUGUUCCAACUAAGCUGGAGCAGCCAUUUAUAUUGAGGACGCCAGAUAUGUCAGCCAUGCAUCAUGACUCUUCGCAUGACCUCAAAACUCUUGGAUCUAAACUGAAGGAUAUAGUUGGGGUCGCAGAUACUUCCCUGGAAGUAAGAUACAUUACCCGUCACAUCUGUGACCUUGUCGCAGAGCGUGGAGCACGCUUGGCUGCCGCAGGUAUAUAUAGCAUCCUGAAGAAGAUAGGCCGGGACAAAGUACCAAGCAGUGGCAGUAAAAUGCCAAGGACUGUAAUUGCCUUGGAUGGUGGGCUCUAUGAGCAUUACAAGAAGUUCAGCAGCUGCGUCGAAGCAACUCUUACAGACUUGCUCGGCGAAGAGGCCUCUUCCUCCGUGGUUGCCAAGCUGGCCAACGAUGGCUCUGGCAUUGGAGCUGCUCUCCUUGCAGCCUCACACUCCCAGUAUGGCGAGAGUGACUAG